AGGGUUUCAAGACUCUCUCAAGUGUUCCAGACAGAGGAAUUCUUUUCCCGAGCGAGAAGAUGUCGAAGAAGAACGACUUGGGUCGCAGAAAAAGGCUGCACGAAUUCGAACUCAAAAGAGAGAAAGAAGAGAAAGAAAAGAAGGCGAAGAAGCUGCAGGCCAAAAGGAAUAAGAUGAAAGUUGAUGGUAAUGACAAGAAGAACAAGAAGAUGAAGGGUGCAAGUGGAUUCCAAGUUGGGAAGAGAAAGUUGAAGACGAAGCUGACAGCAUUGGCGAAAGCCAAAGCUGCACAAGCGAUGGAAGUUGACAAAUGAGGUUUUACUCUACUUUGUGUCAUUGAGGCAUAUUUUGAGAGUCUAGUGCACGCCAUGUGCUACUGGAAUUUGCACCAUAGCUAACUUUAGUACUUGUAAAUUAGAAAGGGAAGGGUUUCUCUACCUAUGUACUCAUUACUCAUUAGCACUUUCUUCUCAAGUUGUUGGUUUCUCUGGAA